AUGGGCCGCCCCACCGCCGCCGCCGCGCUGCUCUGCCAACUGGGGCUCUCCGCAGCCAUCCAGUGGCUCGGGCUGACGGAGAGUGGCAGCGGGGUGGCCUGGAAUGAAAGCCACCACUGCCGGCUGCUCGCCGGGCUGGUGCCCGACCAGUUCCAGAUGUGCCGCCGGAACCUGGAGGUCAUGCACAGCAUCGUCCGGGCCGCCCGCCAGACCAAGAGCGUCUGCCAGAAGACCUUCGCAGACAUGAGGUGGAACUGCUCCUCCGUCCAACGUGCCCCCAGCUUCGGCCCUGACCUGCUGAAAGGAACCCGGGAAUCCGCCUUUGUCUACGCCCUGGCUGCCGCCGCCGUCACGCACUCCAUCGCCCAAGCCUGCACCUCGGGAGAGCUCCCUCUCUGCUCCUGUGGCUCCGUCCCCUCGGAGGUCCCUGGGCCGGACUUCAGAUGGGGUGGCUGCGGGGACAACCUGCGCUACGGCCUCCAGCUUGGCGCCGCUUUUGCUGACAGUCCCUUAAAAUCCAGCAAGCUGGGGACACAAGCCCUGAAGGCCACGAAUCUGCAUAACAAUGCAGUGGGCAGGCAGGUGCUGAGUGACUCCCUGGAUACCAAGUGUAAAUGCCAUGGUGUUUCAGGCUCCUGUUCGGUGAAGACCUGUUGGAAGGGACUGCCAAACCUGGAUGAAAUUGCCUCUGACCUCAAGUCCAAGUACCUGGCAGCCAUCAAGGUGACCCACCGGCUCAUAGGGCCCAGGAAGCAGCUGAUACCCAAAGAAAUGGACGUCAGGCCAGUGAAAGAGACGGAUCUGGUUUAUCUCAUCAACUCUCCCGACUACUGCACGCCGAAUCUCCACCUGGGGUCUCUGGGGACACAGGAUAGGCAGUGCAACAAGACCUCCGUGGGCAGCAACGGUUGCAACCUGAUGUGCUGCGGCCGCGGGUACAACGCCUACACGGAGGAGGUGGUGGAGCGGUGUCACUGCAAGUAUCACUGGUGCUGCUACGUGGUGUGCAAGAAGUGCCGGCGGAAGGUGGAGAGAUACGUCUGUAAAUAACGCCAUACAUCUGUAAAUAACGCCAGAGGCGUCACGGCAGGCGGGAGGACUCGUGCGCUGGUCUCCUCCGGGACACAGCUGGAGACCGAACGCCAACCGCAAGGGAUGCUCUGAGCUACGGCAAGAAGGGGGCUAUGCGGGAAGCCUGGACUCUCGCAUUACCAUGGAAGACCUCAAACUGAGAGAUGCCAGGAAGCCUAAGACCAGAAACCGACCUCUGCUCCGUCUCUCCAGAGCAAGACAAAGGGCUGCCCUCCUGCAGCUGAUCGGCAGUGUCCGGCCCUCGGUCUCCAGCUGGGGACAAACCAUUUAUCACUCCGCAUGCACAGGCCCUUUUCUCUCGGGGUGAAUGGGGACCCUGGGCUGCCAUUGUCUCUUUGCAGGAGGUUUCUGACAGUGGCCUGAAAGCCAGGAGUGAUGG